GUCUUCCCGUGUCCCGUGCUGGUAGACACAGCAAGCGACUCUCUGCUCCGGUGGAGGGGACAAACACCGAGACGGCCUCGGACUACGGGGAAACUAUGGUUUUGCCCUCUACAGACACGAGUACAGAUCGCGCCAACCUACCCUAGGACAACGUUUCUACGGGUGCUAAUAGAAUGCUUUAGAGCUCAGUUCGAUACGUUUGGAUCAACACCCCAGAACCUAUGAACUCUCAAUCCAGUGUGUACCUGAGGGCCCCCCAUCGUCAGUUUGACAUCCAGGCUAGUCCUCUGUGGCGGCGAGGCACUGCAGAAACGUGGACUUUCCUGGACUCCCCUCCCUGGAUUUUGAGCAAACUUCAACGGCAUGUCAUUUUGAGUCCACAUGAUUUUUUUACUAAGGCACCUCAGCCCGUUGGUGUCCCCGUUUUCCCUUCCUGAACGCAAAUCAGCCGCUUCGGGAAUCUUCGAUACUCGAUGUGCGCACCAUGGAUUUUGAAAUUGAGAGUGGCAUUCAGCUAGGGACAGGACGACAUGUUCGCACUUUGAGUAGCGACAAAUGCCGUUGGAAACGAAUCACUACGAACCAGUGAACGGUAGCACACCGUAGGUAUGCAGAAAUCUGUGAUCUAGACGGAGACAGCUUGAAGCUGCUUGGUGCAUGCGGGGGACACAAGAUCCUGCGCAGAACAUGGCGUUAACGGCCUGUCUCCCCUGUGUCAGGACCCCUCACGUGGCUGGCCGUCACUCAUGCGGAAUUACCCAGCACUUGGAACAAAAGAGCGAGGAUAUCGGACGUGUAAGAUCCAUCUGUGUCACACAUUUGAUUGUGCAAGCGGCAUGUGGUGUUCCUCCGUUUCGCUCAAGGCUCUGCCGCCGAACAGCGGCGAGCAAGAACCACGAAAAACUGCCUGGUGCGUGAAUAGUCUUGUCUAAAGUGGCAGGAUGCAGCACCUGCCAGAUAUAUGCCUUUAACUUACCUCAGGAAAAAUCCUUUAACUGACUGCCCCUGUGCAGUUUCGGGAUACUCGGGAAUCCGUCGUCCAUUGCACUCCUAGGACCGCCAUGAAGUAGUGAAAAAUUCGAAUUUCGGUAGGGCCACCCAAGGCAUUCAGAGUAUUUGAGCCAGGUGUUACCGACAUUCACUGCUGAUCAAGACCGCCUCAUCUCACAGAAGGACGGUCAAUCGGCGGCGAUGGAUAUACCAGUGCGCAUACGUAGUCCAUGCACAGUGUCUU